UUCUGACAAGGACUUAUGUAAUAUAGGUUGGUCUUGAACUCCUUAUAAAGCUAAGGAUGACCUUGAACUUCUGAUCUUGUAUUCGCCUUCAAAUUGCUGGAUCACAGAGGAAACCAGAUCAUCAUGUCGGCGGCAGCUGUAGAUACAGUUAAUGCCACACCCCUGCCGGGGUCAAAAGAGAUGAGUUUGGAGGAGCCAAAGAAGAUGACCAGAGAAGACUGGAGGAAAAAGAAGGAGCUAGAAGAACAGAGAAAACUGGGCAAUGCUCCUGCAGAAGUUGAUGAAGAGGGAAAAGAUAUCAACCCUCAUAUUCCUCAGUACAUUUCUUCGGUUCCAUGGUACAUUGAUCCAUCAAAAAGACCCACUUUAAAGCAUCAGAGACCACAGCCAGAGAAACAGAAGCAAUUCAGUUCCUCUGGGGAAUGGUACAAGAGAGGUGUAAAGGAGAAUUCUAUAACUACCAAGUACCGCAAAGGGGCAUGUGAAAAUUGUGGGGCCAUGACACACACAAAGAAAGAUUGCUUCGAGAGGCCAAGGCGGGUUGGAGCUAAAUUCACAGGCACUAACAUUGCUCCAGAUGAGCACAUCCAACCUCAGCUGAUGUUUGACUAUGAUGGGAAGAGAGACCGGUGGAAUGGCUACAAUCCAGAAGAGCACAUGAAGAUCGUUGAGGAAUAUGCCAAAGUUGACCUGGCAAAACGAACAUUGAAAGCUCAGAAGCUACAAGAAGAGUUAGCCUCUGGAAAAUUAAUGGAACAAGCUAAUUCUCCAAAACACCAGUGGGGAGAAGAGGAGCCUAAUUCUCAGAUGGAAAAGGAUCAUAACAGUGAAGACGAGGAUGAAGACAAAUAUGCAGAUGAUAUCGACAUGCCCGGGCAGAAUUUCGACUCUAAGAGGCGCAUUACUGUUCGGAAUCUCAGGAUUCGAGAAGAUAUUGCAAAAUAUUUGAGAAAUUUAGAUCCAAAUUCUGCCUAUUAUGAUCCAAAAACUAGAGCGAUGAGAGAGAAUCCUUAUGCCAAUGCAGGAAAGAAUCCAGAUGAAGUGAGUUAUGCUGGAGAUAAUUUUGUUAGAUACACAGGAGACACCAUUUCAAUGGCUCAAACACAAUUGUUUGCUUGGGAAGCCUAUGACAAGGGAUCUGAAGUACAUCUCCAGGCAGAUCCUACAAAACUAGAGCUGCUGUAUAAGUCCUUCAAAGUCAAAAAAGAAGACUUCAAGGAGCAGCAGAAGGAAAGCAUCCUGGAAAAGUAUGGUGGCCAAGAACACUUGGAUGCUCCUCCAGCUGAGCUGCUGUUGGCCCAGACAGAAGACUAUGUGGAGUACUCCAGGCAUGGGACAGUCAUUAAAGGCCAGGAGCGGGCUGUGGCCUGCUCCAAGUAUGAGGAAGACGUGAAGAUCCACAACCACACGCACAUCUGGGGAUCUUACUGGAAAGAAGGCCGCUGGGGAUACAAAUGUUGCCACUCAUUCUUCAAGUAUUCCUAUUGCACUGGAGAAGCUGGGAAGGAGAGUGUUAACUCAGAGGAGUGUAUUAUAAAUGAUGCAACUGGAGAAGAAUCUGUGAAGAAACCUCAAACCCUCAUGGAGCUGCAUCAGGAAAAACUAAAAGAGGAGAAGAAGAAGAAAAAGAAGAAGAAGAAACACCGGAAGAGCAGUUCCGACAGCGAUGACGAGGACAGGAAGCACGAGAAACUGAAAAAGGCACUGAAUGCAGAGGAGGCCCGCCUUCUCCAUGUCAAAGAGAUCAUGCAGAUGGAUGAGCGGAAGCGGCCUUACAACAGCGUAUAUGAAACCCGGGAGCCCACAGAAGAGGAAAUGGAGGCCUACAGAAUGAAACGGCAGAGGCCAGAUGACCCCAUGGCCUCUUUCCUGGGACAGUAGUAACAAGUUAGCCUGGGAUACAUUCACAGCAUGUUCAUUCUGGCUCCUUGCUGACUAUAGAUACAAGAUCCUCAUCCUUCCUCUUUGUUGCCUGACAUUAAUAAAGCUUUCAGAAGUCUCAAAAUCAUUCUCCACAGUAAGGAAACAAAGUGAGCAAGAAAGAGUAUAUAGUUGUUGGUUAAGGUUAAAAAUCAUCCAUUCCAAUUAGAUUUGGAAAGAGACUUUGGCUGUCUUCCUCUUAAGAUUGUCCUUGCAAAGCCUGGCUCAAGCCUGUGAUGUCAGCACCUGAGUGGUAGAGAGAGGCAGGAGGAUCUAGAGUUCAAGGUUAACCAAGUUUGGUGAUGCACACCUGUAAUCCUAGGGCUUAGGAGAUUGUGCAAGAGCCACCCUCAGCUACAUAGUAAGCUUUGAGACCAGCCUGCACUAUGUGAAGCCUUGUCUCAAUAAAAGUUUGAAGCCAUCCUAGGCUACAAAGCAUAAUGGUCUCAAAUGUAAGAAGAAGAAAAAAAAAAAAAGAAAUCAUCUGUACCAUAGUUGGGUCUCAAACUGUGUGUAGUCUCUUGUGUUGUAGGAAGGGCUUCACUCUUAGAGCCAAAGCUAUAGUUUAGUUACUAGUACUUCCAGUAGUGACGUCACUAAUAAUUUAACUCAAUCGCAGUUCUUUUAGCAUUCAGUUUUGCCGUCUAAGAUUUUCUUGGUCUAAAAAAAAAAAAAAGAUUUUCUUGGUUUUAACAACAAAUACUUUACCUUCAUCUGCAGUCUGCAUCACUAGAAGGAAAUCUACAAGGCAUGUAAAAAUAUCUGAGUUCUCCAUAAUCUGAAUAAUAAAUCUAUUUUUCACUUGAUUAUUAAA